UCCAAGCUUCGUCAUCAAAUACAAUCCCGAUUAAAUGAUCUUGUCGUCGAUGGUAAUGGUGAAACAAAAAUGAAAAUGGAUAAAAUGAAUUUCACUGAUAUCGAAUGGUUGAUUAAUUUCAUUGAAGCCAAUGUAACAAGCUAUGGUAAUCUAUGGAAAAAAAUACAGAUGCAUAUUGAAAAAAAAUUUCAUAAUAAUUCGAAAAGUUUGUUGGCAAAAAAUUCCAGAAUAUCAAAAGCAAAUCUUUGUGAAAUUCGAUUUUAUCUUAGUGAACAAAAAAAGAAAACACACGAUAAUUGUUGUAAUCUGGAUGAAGAAAUCGAAGAUAAUAAUAAUGAUGAUGAUCAUCAUCAUCAUCAAUCUGCUAAUAAUCAUUCAAUAUCGGAUAAAAUUCUCAAACUUGUCAAUGAAGCAUUAAGAUCAUGUCAUUUUGAUGAUAGAAAAUUGAUGGCACGUUUAUUUUUUAUUCGUGCUAAACAAUUGGCAUUGUUUAGCGAUGAUGGCAAUGAUGAAGAAUCGCUAAAACAAGCAUUGAUAAAUAUUGAUUUUGCAUUAAGAUUUCGAUUAUCAAAAACAUAUCUUUUAGCUAAAGUUUAUUUAUUGGCCAAAAUUGGUAAUAUGGAAAAAGCAUUACAAUUGUUUAGUAUUCUGGUUCGAAAUUAUCCAAUGAUUGAAAACAAAAAUCAAUUUAAACGUUUUCUACGUACUAAAAGCCACAAUUAUUAUGAUGAUAAUUUGCAUCAGGAUUUGAUCGAAACAUUCACUAACGAUGACGACAAAUACUUUAGCAGCUACGAUGAUAAUAUUGAUAUUGAUCUUCGAUGUUCAUUAACAAAUCGUCAUGGGCAAGGUCGAUUUUUCAUGGCAAAUGAAACAAUGGAAAAUGAUGAACUAAUAUUUCGUGAACGUCCAUUUUCUAUAGCAAUGUUUCCCGAAGCUUCAUUGAUUCGAUGUCAACAAUGUUUUCGUUUGAUUUCCAAUACAUUUUAUCCAUGUUUAAAUUGUACAGAAAUUGUCUAUUGUUCGACAGAAUGUUUACAGCAUUCAUAUGAUUCUCAUCAUAGAUUUGAAUGUCGUAUGAAACAAUUCUGGACUGAACGUUCAAAAUCAUCAUAUCACAUGUUUCAUCUGUUGAAUCGUUUUGGUAUAAAGAAUAUUUUGAAAUUAAAUUCAUCUGAAAAAUCAUCAUCAGCCAUAAUAGAAAUGUAUAUAAAUAAUAAUCAACCAAUGGAUGAUGAUAAAAUGUAUAAAUUUCAAAUAUUUAUGAAUCUUAUUGAUAAUCAUGAAAAACAUGGCUUGGAUUUUCUUGCAUAUCAUUUGACCAAUGCAUUGGAUGUAGCUAUUACAGCAUCGAUUGUUCAAGGCUAUUAUUGUGAUCAAUCACGACCACCACCGCGUGAACAAAUAAUUCAUCUGAUUGAUGUUUGCAUUCGCGGUAUUCGUCGUAUUUCGAUUAAUUCAUUUGAAUGGCCUAAUGUUGGUACAUGUGUUUGUUUGAUUGGUUCAUUAUUUAAUCAUCGUUGUGAAUCAAAUUCUGAAUGGAAAUUCAUGGAUAAUGGUUAUUUUCAUUUGACUACAAAUCGACCAAUAGCUCAAUUUGAAGAAAUAAGCAUCAAUUAUGGUUGUGGUUGGCCAUUGGUAUCAUUCACACAACGUUUGAAACAACAUUCAUGUUAUUUUUUCCAAUGUAAUUGUUGCCAAUGUAUGGAAGAUUCAAAAACAAUUUUAGCAUUACAAUGUCGACAAUGUACUAUUGGACCAGUUCUACUUUCUAGUAUUGUUUAUAAUCCAAAUGAUCAAGAUUGUGAUGCAAUUUGUAUGCUUUGCUAUCGACCAUAUCCGAAUACAAAACAAGUAUUUGAUCGUCUUUGUUAUGUUCGUAAUGAAAUUUCACUGGUGAUGGUCAUUUUCCCGUGUUUAACAAGUAAAAUGCGUUCAACAUAUCUAAUGAAAAUACAAUCCUAUAUGGACGAACUAAUCGCAAUAAUGUAUGAUAAAAGUCGAUUACUUAUGGAUGAUCUACAAAAAUCAUGUCAAAUUCUUCUCGAAUAUGGUGAUGGAUCAUUGAUGAUAAAUUCUAAAUUAAUUAAAUAUGCACAAAUAAUUGAUAAAAUUCUGCCAAGAUAUGAUCAAGAAUUGGUCAAAAUUAAAUCAUUAGAUUCAUUGUGGAAAUCAAUGAGAAAUCUUGAUGGUAUUACUAGAUAUUUAUUACGAAAAAAUAAAAUUGACGAUGAAGAUAAUAAUAAUGAUGAUGAUCAAAAAAAUAAUAACCAUGAUGAUGAAGAGGUUGAUGAUUAUUGGCCAUCAUUGGAUGAUGAAAUUAGAUACAUGUCAUUUUGGACAAAUUUCUUUCGAAAUUAUAUCCAUCAUCAGAAUCAAAAUCCGAAUCACGAUCCACCACAGUAUUCAAUGAUUACAAUGAUGGAAUUGUGUGAAAAUUUUCAUAAUCGAUUAUUUGGUUUAUUAAAAUUUCGAAUUCGUUUGCUACUAUCUUCUUCUGGUGGCCACAAUGAUGAUGGUGAGAAGCAGCAUCAGCAGCAAAAACAACCACAAUCAUCAUCAAUGAAAGAAGCAAUUGAAUUAUUAUCAAUUUUACUUAAAUCUAAACAAGAUCAAUGGAAUUUAUUACAAAAAAAGAUGAAUCCAUCAUUAUUGCCAUCAUUACCAAGAAUAGUAGUUAGAGGAGGAGGAAGGUCAAUGAAUCUGUUGAAAAUAUCAAAAGUGUCGGGUUUUUUCCUUGAAAAGAAAAACAAAUCAAAUUGA